UCGCAUCCUUUCUUACACUUAAAUUGACAACAAUCGGGCAAAAAUAUCUGGCUACUGUGGAAGACAAGGAAAAUGACUAUGCUUGGGCAACACGGACGGUGCAAAUUUGAUGAAAAAUGGCCAUCCAUGAGACCCACAGUCUUGAAACUUCUUAGACAGGAGUCAGUACCGCAUCAAGAAUGGCAAGAUUUGUUUUGGCAUGUUCACGCUGUGUGCAUGUGGGACGAGCAAGAGGGGCCCACUCACAUCCAUGAAGCUCUUCACAAAGACAUCCUCGAUUUCAUCAAGCAAGCUCAGAGUCGGGUUCUCCAACACAAAGAGGAGUCAGCCUUGCUCCGAGCAUACAUUGCAGAAUGGGGCAAGUUCUUCACCCAGUGUAACUACCUGCCUAAGCCUUUCAUACAGCUGGAGGCCAACCUGAUGGGAAAACUACACAGCAGCAUGCCCAAGAAAGCUCAGUCGCCUGAUGAGAGCCUUGUUAGGAAGCUGAUGCUGGACAGCUGGAACUUCAGUAUUUUUUCCAACAUCAAAGACAAGCUACAGUAUAGUGCCAUGAAACUGGUCCAUGCAGAGCGGCAUGGAGAAGCCUUCGACUCACAGCUAGUUAUCGGAGUGCGAGAGUCAUAUGUUAAUCUUAGCUCCGACACUGAGGAUAAGCUGAAGAUCUAUUGUGAGAACUUCGAGAAAGCCUAUUUGGAAGCAGCAGAGAACUUUUACCGACAGAACGCACCCGAUUACCUCGAGCAGAAUGGAGUGCAGAACUACAUGCGCUACGCCGACUGCAAGCUCAAGGAGGAAGAGGCACGGGCGCGUCGAUACCUGGAGACAGGAUACGGCUGUGGGUCUGUUAACAGCCUGGUGGACUGCUGUGUGCGGGCGCUGGUGACCAGUUUCAAGGACACCAUACUGGCUGAGUGCGCCAGCAUGAUCAAACAGAAUGAGACAGAAAAAUUGCGUCUAAUGUUUAGUUUAAUGGACAGAGUGCCUGAUGGUAUACAGCCCAUGCUUCAAGAUCUGGAGACCCAUAUAGUCAAUCAAGGACUAGCCGAUAUGAUGUCAGCAGCCGAAACCAUCACCACUGACUCUGAGAAAUAUGUAGAACAGCUUUUAGAACUCUUCAAUAGGUUUAGUCAGUUAGUCUCUGAUGCCUUUAGUAUUGAUCCCAGAUUCCUGACCUCCCGAGAUAAGGCUUACAAAACUGUUGUGAAUGAUACUUCAGUGUUCAAAUUAGAAAUACCUGUGAAAAAUAAAAGCGUGGGUGCCAAGUCCCAGCCAGAGUCCAAGUGCCCGGAGCUGCUGGCCAAUUUCUGUGAUAUGUUGCUGCGCAAGACGACGGUCAGCAAGCGACUCACCCCUGAAGAGGUGGACAAGAAGCUCAGAAAUGUGCUUCUGGUGUUGAAGUACGUCCAGAACAAAGACGUCUUCAUGCGUUAUCACAAGGCUCACCUGACGCGCAGGCUCAUCCUCGACUCGUCGGCAGACAAUGAGAAGGAGGAGAACAUGGUGGAGUGGCUCAGGGAUGUGGGAAUGCCGGCGGAUUUCGUCAACAAGUUGCAGAGGAUGUUCCAGGACAUCAAGGUGUCGGAGGAUCUGAACCACGAGUUUAAGGAGGCUCAUCGCAAUAAUAAUGAGGGAAUAGCUGAUGCAAUCAACAUAAAGAUCUUGAAUGCUGGAGCGUGGGCUCGGUCCAGCGAGAGGAUGCCAGUGUCUCUACCUCUGGAACUGGAGGAUUACAUCCCUCAGGUAGAAGAAUUUUACAAACACAAGCACAGUGGUCGCAAAUUGCAGUGGCAUCAUGCAAUGUCUAAUGGAGUGAUCACAUUCUGCAAUGAUCUGGGCCGGUUUGAGCUUGAAGUGACCACCUUUCAAAUGGCUGUCUUGUUUGCCUGGAACCAGCGUCCUCGAGAGAAGUUGUCAUAUGAGAGCUUGAAGCUGGCUACGGAACUGCCAGACAAUGAACUCAGAAAGACGAUUCUGUCUUUAAUGACCUCCAAGAACAAGAUAUUGUUGAGUUCAAACGAAAUCAAAACCCCAAGAGAUUUCAACGAUAACACAGAAUUUUGGGUCAAUCAGCAGUAUGCGUUCACGAAAUCUGGCAAAGUGCAGAAACGUGGCAAGACAAACCUGAUUGGACGUCUUCAGCUGACGACAGAAAAAAGCAGAGAGGAAGACAAUGAGGGUAUUAUGCAGCUCAGAAUCCUCAGAGUUCAGGAGGCCAUUGUGAAGAUCAUGAAGAUGCGCAAGAAGCUGACUAACGCAGCCCUGCAGACAGAGCUGGUGGAGAUCCUGAAGAACAUGUUCCUGCCCUCCAAGAAACUCAUCAAGGAACAGAUUGAGUGGCUCAUCGAGCACAAGUACAUGAAGCGAGACGAGGAUGACAUCAACACUUUCAUCUACAUGGCCUGAGGUGACAGAGGAGUGGAUGGAUGGAGGGAUGGAUGAAGUGAUGCUACUGCAGCGGCAAGCCUUGGUUGGUUUAUUUCUCCUCCUUCCCCCCCCCCCCCCCCCCCAACCAACAUCAAGGUUUGAUUCACAUGAAGCUGGAUUUGGAUAACGUCAACAUGUUUAUCUAUAUGGCCUCAGAGGAGGGGGAGGAUGGGAUGUGGAUGAAUAAGAUGAUAGAUGAUGGUGUCACUGGUUCCCCCCCCCCCUUUCACCAUCCUUGACUCCCUUCUCACCCAUAUCAACCACCCUGUGUCAAGACUUGAUUCAGUUUCACUUUAAUAGGAGGAAUGGUUGUAUUAGACUUAAGAUGCUACAGCAACUUUUGGUUCCCGUCAAGAAGACUUUGAUCCACACAGCCUGCAAGUACGAAUCUCUUCUACAGCAGUUUCGUCCUUCUUCUCUACUUGUUUACCGCACUGACCAUUUUGGAGAUGGUUUCUUCUGGUUCUUUGGGUUGCAUUCUAUGAUGUAAAAUUUUUUGUUCUUUGCUGUUGUGGGCAGCAAAAUCCCUGGCAUGCUGAGAUUGGACAGCUUAACCUUUAGUUUUGACUGCUUUGGGGAAAGUUUUUGUCAAUGGUUUUACUGUUGACGUUGUAUGAGCAGCAAUGUAAGUUAUAUUCCAUUCUAGCGAAUCUGAAUUAGAAUCGUGGUGUAGGGGAGGCUGGAAAGGUUAGUCCAAAUUGAUAUGGCUGAGGUAAAUAAAGCAAGGACGAAAUAAAGGUAGUGCUAUGGCUGCAAGGUCCUUUAUUUUCCAUCUUUCCGACUGUGGAAAGAUUAUCUCAAUGUACUGGAAAGAUUCUUGAAAGAUAAUUCUCAGUAAGCAAAAAUGAUUUAUUUUUUUUUAAUUUUUGAGGUUUGGCAAUAGAAUUUUGUCAAAAUGACUCGUGAUAAUCUGGCAAGUCUGUUUGGGAAAUGGGUGUUUGUGUAUUUGGUCACUGAAUUGUGCGUGUGAGGUUUAGUGGGAAUGAUUUGUUCAGUGAAGGUCACUAGACAGUGAUGACAUGACAUAUCACUAAGAUUGCCUUCUGGCAUUGUUGU